AGUCAGACAAGUUCCAGACGGAGGUGGUGGCGUGCGUGAUUUCUGUGUGAUUAGUUUGUAUGAAACCACCAGCCAAAAGCGCCCACGGCCACACUAUCAGCAGUAUUGAUCCGGGACAGCGGACACUUCGAUGACAUUCAUCGGCGCUAACUGCUGAGCUAAUUAGUCCGCUGCUUCGGAGAAAAGAGGGGAGGCACGUCGUUGCUAACACAGCUGCAUCAUCAGUGGACAAUGAGGAAGGCUGCGCUGCUGCUCAUUGUUCUGCUCGGCGUUGCUUACUUUGCAACUGUCAGCAAGUGUGAAGAUGAUGGCACAGAGGAGAGAGAGGAGGCUGAAGAGGACAGUGAUGAUGAGGAGGAGGAGGACGAAGAAGACGACACAGAAGUGAAAGAAGAGAACGGGGUCCUGAUUCUAGACGACAACAACUUCGAAACAUUCAUGGAGGGGAAGGACACAGUAUUAGUGGAGUUUUAUGCUCCGUGGUGUGGCCAUUGCAAACAGUUUACUCCAGAGUAUGAAAAGAUUGCUCAGACUCUGAAGGAGAAUGACCCUCCUAUACCUGUGGCCAAAGUGGAUGCAACAAUAGCCAGCGACUUGGCGAGCCGGUUUGAAGUGUCUGGUUAUCCCACCAUCAAGAUCCUUAAAAAGGGGGAGCCUGUGGACUAUGACGGAGAAAGGACACAGAAGGCUAUUGUCGAUCGGGUUAAAGAGGUGGCUCAACCAGACUGGAAGCCUCCUCCUGAGGCUACACUGGUGCUGACCAAAGACAACUUUGAUGAUAUUGUGAACAAUGCAGACAUCAUCCUGGUGGAGUUCUACGCCCCAUGGUGCGGACACUGUAAACGUUUGGCUCCGGAGUACGAGAAAGCGGCCAAGGAGCUGAGCCAGCGCUCUCCUCCCAUCCCUCUGGCCAAGGUGGACGCCACAGUGGAGAAUGAGCUCGCCACGCGCUUUGGAGUCACGGGCUAUCCCGACCUGAAGAUGUUCAGGAAGGGCAAAGUGUUUGAAUACAACGGACCCAGAGAGACGCAUGGCAUCGUUGAAUACAUGGGUGAGCAGGCAGGGCCUCCCUCCAAACAGGUCCAGGCAGCAAAACAGGUGCAGGAGCUCAUUAAAGACGGUGAUGAUGCCAUCAUUGUCGGCGUGUUCUCAAGUGAACAGGAUGCAGGGUACGAGGUCUACACCGAGGCGUGUAAUGCACUGAGGGAUGACUUCACUUUCCGUCACUCCUUCAGCUCUGAGGUGACCAAUCUACUAAAAGCGUCACCUGGUCAGAUUGUCAUUGUUCACCCUGAAAAGUUCCGCUCGAAAUACGAACCAGUGUCGCAAACAUUUGCACUGAAGGACUCUACAUCAGUGUCAGAAGUGCAGGAGUUCUUCAAAAAGCAUGUGAUUCCCCUGGUGGGCCACAGGAAACCAAGCAACGAUGCCAAGCGCUACACAAAACGACCCCUGGUGGUCGUGUACUACGGAGUUGACUUCAGCUUCGACUACAGGAAAGCUACUCAGUUCUGGAGGUCCAAGGUCCUUGAGGUGGCCAAAGACUUUCCAGAGUACACGUUCGCCAUCGCCGAUGAGGAAGACUUCGCAGAGGAGCUGAAGAGCCUGGGCCUGAGCGACAGUGGAGAGGAAGUCAACGUGGGAAUUCUAGCAGAUGGAGGCAAAAAGUUCGCUAUGGAACCAGAAGAGUUUGACUCUGACGUGCUGCAAGACUUUGUAAUGGCAUUUAAGAAAGGAAAGCUCCAACCUAUCAUCAAGUCCCAGCCAGUGCCAAAGAACAACAAAGGGCCAGUGAAGGUUGUGGUUGGGAAAACUUUUGACGAGAUCGUCAUGGAUACCCAGAACGACGUCCUGAUUGAGUUUUAUGCUCCCUGGUGCGGCCACUGUAAGAAACUGGAGCCCGACUUUUUGGCUCUGGGCAAAAAGUACAAAGGGGAGAAGAACAUUGUAAUUGCCAAGAUGGACGCCACGGCCAACGACGUGCCAAACGAGAACUACAAAGUGGAAGGCUUCCCCACGAUAUACUUGGCACCAAGUAACGGCAAGCAGAGCCCCAUCAAAUUUGAAGGUGGAGACAGAACAGUGGAAGGGUUCAGUAAGUUUUUGGAGAAACAUGCCACAACACUGUCACAGAGGAGAGAUGAACUUUGAAACACGGUCCUAACCAGUAGCUGAGAACUCCUCAUACCAUGCACAGGCAGAGACUUGGGGGACCAGAGGGAGGUGAAAUCAAACGGUGUUACUGAGUUGCUGUGAUGAUUACUAUGUUCAAUCAUCAUUUUAGUUUCUGUUCAUUCCAAGAGAUUUCUUCUGUUUCUAAAAGCAUGUAAGCACUGUUGAAGAUCGAACCCUUUUUAAAUAAAACUCAAAAUGAUGGUGGCUCUGUGCACCAACACUCAA